AUGGAUGCUCGCGACGAAGAACGGUAUACGUUCUUUGAAUUAAUGGACGCGGCCAUGUCAAACCGCUUGCCACCUGCAAGAGAUAAAAGAAGAAAUGAUGUCCGAUUUGCUCGAGAGGAGGAAGCAGCGUCUGCAAUCCUCGUCCAGGGGAUCGCGCUUGACCUCGACGCCCAGCUGGAUCAAGACAAACUGCUGCAGCUGUUCCAGACGGAUCUAAGUUUUGACGGCGAACUUCCUGUUUCAGCAUGUGUGAUGUACAGUGCUCUCGUGCACUGGCGCUCCUUCGAAGUCGAGUCCACGGAUGUAUUUGACAAGAUUAUUGGGAUCAUGAGGGCUGCCAUUGGGGCUCAGGAUCCAUAUGCUGCUCCUGAUGCGGAUGCCGUCGCAAAAUCCGUCACACAGCCUGAGGCUGCAAGUUCUGGUGCCGGGAAAGAUGAAGAUGCAGUGGGGAGUAUUGUCAAGAUGGCGUAUUGGCUGGCAAACGCAGCUUCUCUGCUGCUUCUGCUCCUGAGAUCUUUCAAGACCAAUGAAGUUCCACGGGAAAUGGCAGCAUUUCAUAAGGUUAAGUUGAGCAAAGAUCGGGACAUCAUUGUCGCUCAUUCAAUCUUUACUUUUCUGCAGGCAAUCUUCAGCCCAAAUGUCCCAUCUGAGGACGAGAUAGCUGCAGCGGAGGCUGAUGGGGUGCAGCUUGUGAAGCCCACGUUUCCAGCUCUGCUCUUCGGGAAGGAGCUAGCAGCGUACGUGAAGAAGGUGUACAUGUACUUUGCAAACAAUCUCAGGAACGACAUUGCACCGAUACUGGUUGCCGGCUAUGAGGCAUGGGUAUGCAUACUGUUGUAA